AUGGCUUCCUCUACAGCUUCCCCUCACUUUCUUCCUCUACCUUCCUCCAAAAUCUCUAGAACCACAAUUCCCACUUCAUUCCAUCUCUCCUCUUCCUCCUUAAACCCUAUCUCAAAGCUCUUCUCCAUAUCCACUUCGAUUAAUGUCUUUGAGGCCACGCCAUCGUCUCGAUUCGUCCCAAGAGUUGCCUUUUCAUUGGAUUUAGACUUGGAUGACGAUUUAUCAAUCGGUCGUGAUGAAGAACAGGAUCACCGUUUCUUCCCUCAACUUAAACUCUUUGUGGGUAAUUUGCCGUUUAAUGUUGAUAACGCAGCUCUUGCUCGAUUGUUUGAAGGUUCUGGAAGUGUCGAGAUGGCUGAGGUUGUAUAUGACAAAUUGAAUAGAAGAAGUAGGGGUUUUGGCUUUGUAAAGAUGUCAUCCAGUGAAGAAGCCGAAGCAGCUGCUAGGAAGUUCGAUGGCUAUGAGCUUGAUGGUAGGCAACUGAGGGUCAAUUACGGGCCACCUCCAAGGAAGAAGUCAGUCGUUAGAGAACCGAGAAUUGAUGGUCGUGGUGACAAUAUCUCCAACACGGUUUAUGUUGGAAACCUUUCAUGGAGUGUUGAUGAUCAGGCUCUUGAAACUUUAUUUUGGGAGCACGGAAAUGUAAUGAAAGCCAAGGUAUCUCACGAUGAAGAUAGUGGUAGAUCAAGGGGUUUCGGGUUCGUGACUUACAGUUCUGCUGAUGAGGCCUAUCAGGCGGUUGAAUCACUUGAUGGUGUUGAUCUUGAUGGCAGAAAUAUCCGAGUUAGUGUAGCCAAACCUCAACAAAGGCGUCAACUCUAAACGAUCUUUUUGUACCGCUACUGAAAACUUGUAGCAUUUUGUUGCUCGUAUCAACGUCGUGCUUCUUAGCGCAUUUGAAACACGGUCGAGUCAGUUGGCAUUUCCUGCUUUCACCAAUUCAACCAAUUCUUGAAAAACUGCAAGUACGUUUGGGGACUUUCGAUGCUGGACCCAUCAACUGUUUUAAGUUGAUUGGUUUCGUGAUAAUUCUUAUGAAAGGGUGUGCGUAGAUGUGAGGACUUCGAGGCAUAGGCCAUCUUGCGUGUACCAAGGGAAGGUGGGUGGGGCCUGGAGUCGAACAUCAGACCUUUGACUCACUCGUUAAUCCGCUAGGCUAAAGCCGGGGAGAUUAUGAACCGAUUGUUGUAAUAUUAUUUCUCCGUUCUUCAUUUUAGUCUCGAUUUUGUGAUUUUAACACUCUAAUAUGGAUAAAAAUCUAUCGUCUCAAACUCUGAUGUUUUAUUCCUUUCCACCAAUUGAAUUAAUACACAUAACAUGAUUUAAAUAAAUUUAAAAUAAAUAAGAAUUUGAUUUGUAUUAAUUUUAUUGGUGGGACAUGAAUGGAAUGGAAGAUUUUAAGACAGGUGCUUUUGAUUUUUAUCCACUGUCCAAAAGGCUCGUCGCAACAAUCACCGUGUCUCGAGACUUCCAUCUCACGUCAUGUUAAGCCUAUGGCAUGCUUUGGCCUAAUGCCCGGUUUUUCUAACACGAUAUUUGAUUUUUCUUGUCUUUUUAAUGUCUUAUUUGUUAGUGUUGUUAAGAGAAUAGGUCAAGUCUGACCUCUUCAAGCUGGGAUUUGAUUUUAUCUG